GCUCAUGUCCGCUGUCGAUAUUCUUUGCCCAAUGUAUCUUUGUCCUUUCUGUUUCGAUUCGCUGGCCUGUCCUUUACUCUGAUCCAACAGAUGUGGGCUUAGCGUUACCGAGCGUGUUGCGACCCUUUUGGACGGCAACUGCGGGGAGAUAGCCUGCCGUACCGACUUGUCCCCGUCUUGCCCUGAACCAUCAUCUUGAUUGAACUGUGGACUUCUCUAAAGCCAUGACCAGCAGCGUCUCUGGCGAUGGCUAUGAACUGCUCUCCUCUGACCCCAGCAAUGCCGCAAGCGGACAGACGCCGACCCCCACAAGCCAGCCAGGGGAGGCAAGGAAGGGAGAUGACUUCGCGAGACUAGCUGCAUUGGCUAUGGGACCUUGCCUCGUUGGCAUCACGGUCCUUGCAGUACUCUUCAGCGGGCCUUUCUCCGCUGGAUGGUUCGCCUGGCAUCCUCCAUUGGAAUCUAUUGGCGUGGCGGCGAUGAUCUACGGCGCCAUGCUCCUACAACCGACCUCUACCGCCCAGGAGAAGGCUGCCGGUCUCGCCAAGCAUCAGCUCGUAAUUCUCUCGGUCGGCCUUCCUUCUGCGCUCCUCGGUGUCCUUGCUGUCAUGUACAACAAGUACGUCAAGGACAAGCAUCACUUCACUAGUUGGCACGCCAAAAUCGGCAUCCUAUGCACGAUAUGGCUACUAGUGCAAGUUGCUAUCGGCGGCGCCAGCGUCUGGUAUGAUGGACGCGCCUUCGGUGGGGGGCUGAAGGCCAAGAAGGUUUGGAAGUAUCAUCGGAUAUCAGGGUACAUCCUCUUUACUCUGCUGAUGGCAACCGUCCACCUGGGCGGACAAUGGUCAGGAUGGGGCAAGCGCAAUGUCUCGCCCAUCCUUCGCGCCAUCGCGUACUCUCUCGCUCCCCUAGUCCUCAUCACCGCCUUAUUUAUACGUGCAAGACCGUCCAAAAUGGAUUCUGACGCAGUGUAUUCGUUGUAUAUGCAGUACUGUAUCCGGGGCAGUGGCAAUAAGUUACGAUAGGAAAACACAUCCACGCACUACGCUGUCCGGACACGGGUUCAAGUGGUAGGCUCAACCGGUGUUUGAGGCGUCGAUGAUGGUUUCGCAACCGGCUCCGGCGCAGGAAUCACCUCCCUCAAGAACCCAGGCAAGAACCUCUCCAUCCUGACUUGUGUCGCAUUCCAUAACGUCUGCUGCCCCUCGGUCCGCUUA